AUGGCAAUACGUAACACAAUUCGAACCCAUGUGGUGGGUUCUGAUUGGAAUUUUGAACAGGACGAUGUUUUUGUGACGAUUUGGCUAAUUUUCCAAAUUCUGUCGUUAGUCCUAUGCUGGCUAAUUUAUCAUGCUUGGAGCGCCAAAACGCUGGUUUUCGAGCUAGCUGUGGAGUCUAAAGCUGGAAAGCACGCUUCAAAACUUUUCCGUCGGUUUCUCAUUGCUAUCCCGUUUAUGGGAGGCUCGUUAGCGCGUGUGUUCGACCGGAUGACAAUGUUCAUCAAGUUUAAGGCUCUGCCGUUCAUGAUUCGAGUGAAGCGGGUUUUAGAAACGCUUUUCCAGUUGUGUUUCGUUGAUGCAACGUUCCGUAAUAAAAAUGUAAGGCUCAUCUUUACGGGGGGUACGUUGGAGAUUACGGACCCUUUGAACCUUCCCACAACGUCCUUAAUCAUUGGCAAUCAUCGCUCAAUCAUGGACUAUACCCUCAUUAAUUAUCUGGUUCAAGGCGACAAGUGCCCAGGCGUGCUGCAGUAUCUUCGCAACACGCUAAACUGGAAUGUGGAUUGUUUUCUGCCGAAACUGAAAUUUUUAAGUUGGGGGCGACUAACCAAUAUGCCCUCCAUCGGUCUCUUGUCAAAUAUUCUGCUCAAAGACGAGAAUGCCGCUGUGGAUAGUCAAGAUCUGGAAGACUUUUUGAAGAAAGAAGGCAAUCAUGUACUUGCCUUGUUCCCCGAGGUGAACAUAAUAACUUCCGAGUUAAGACUGGUGCAGAGAAAACUAGCUAGAGACAAUUAUUUGCCUCUUUUCGAUGGUAUCUUGUACCCCAGAUUCAAAAACCUCACUUCCACAGUCAAUUGCUUUGCACGCCUUCAACAUGUCGAGAGAUCUCGCAAGACCCGCUACAUAAAGAAAGCGGCAAUUAAGACGAGCUCUAUGGUAUCAAAGGUAAAGCACCCGAGAUCUCGAACCAGUGCCAGAGAAAUUGCCCAAGUGAACCUUUUUUUGGGUGAUGACCUUUUCGCAAAUCCUUCUGCAACCGUUAAGGCGGAGCAGAAGACACUCAAAGCACCGAUAUCGAUAAGCCCUUUCCUUUGGGAUCUGACUAUUGUAUACUAUCGAGCCACAUAUUCCUCUGGUGACCAACACGCCCAUGUACACGAGCAGCACAAUCUCAAAAAGUUGAAAGGCGAAGAAUAUCAUUACCAGCUCGAGCAAAUCACUCCUUCCUUUCUGCAGCUUUUAACCUGCAAAUUCCGGGGCUCUCCCAUACUGGUUAGAAUUCAUGUCAACAAACACCCAAUAUUCAACUUAAUGAAAUUGAGUGACCGAAAGCUAGAAUCAUGGCUAGAAAAAACCUGGUUGGAAAAGGACGCCUUGAUGCAGAGUAUGCAAAACACUGUGAAAAUAAAUUAA